ACCAUUUCUGUAAUACAAGCAGCUAAGAAUCUUGGUUUACAGUGUUUUCAGUCCACAGUUUUUGAGUUUUCAGUCUCCAUCUCUGGGUUUUACUCGAACAAAGAGGAGGAGGAAUUUUUAAACUCUUCUCGGUGUCAAACACCCAAUUCCUCAUUUCUCACUCUCUUCAAUGGCUACCCUCCCUUGCUCUACGCGCUACCCAAUUUCUCUCACACAGGCAAUGAUGGCAUCUUCUGUGAAAGCGACUGUUAUUCCUGGUGUUCGGGGAUUUGGGUCUUUUCCGAAAUUCAAAGGGUUGAGGAUCCGAUACCCUUUGAAGUCAUCGCUGUCUUCUUUGAGGUCGAGGAAUCCUAGGGUUUGCAGACAACGAGGAGGCAUUGUCUGUGAAGCUCAGGAGGUUGCUCUUGAUAUUCCGAAUGUUGAUGAUUCAACGUGGCAAUCACUAGUUCUUGAUGCUGAUGGCCCUGUGCUAGUCGAGUUCUGGGCUCCUUGGUGUGGACCUUGCCGUGUGAUCCUCCCAGACGUAGCUGAACUAGGAAAGCAAUACGCUGGAAAACUGAAGUGCUACAAAUUGAAUACCGACGAAAGCCCAUCAAUCGCAACCCAAUAUGGGAUCCGGAGCAUCCCAACUAUCAUGAUAUUCAUCAAGGGCGAGAAGAAAGAUACGAUUAUUGGCGCUGUUGGGAAAGCUACACUCGCUGCGAGCAUCGAGAAAUUCCUGUAGAUGACAGUAGAUUUCUUUCCAAUAUAUUAUCAAGUCCAUGUUCUUCUUCUCCUCCUAUUUCCUUUACAUUGUAUGUUCAUAAGUGAUGUUGACAUACUUCAGCCUCUCCAACAAUAAAAAUGUUAGCUUUUGGCAGGCCUAAUGAGUUGUUCUGUAAUUCUUUUUCAAA